GCUAGGGACUCAGUCUAGCAUAAAAUCUGCAUUUAUGAUUAUGAGGAUUCGAUGCAGCUUAAUACCUAUGCUGUCGUUUCCCAUGGGAUUUUACAGAUUUACUGAUGAGAGGAAGCUGUAGAAACUUAGUCUGCUUUAGUUAAAUUACUGUAAACUGGAAGUAACCUACAAUUGAUUCUAGUAUUUGACUCCUAAUAAAUAUGGUCAUUUGUUUUCUCGGGGCAAUUCACUUUUAACCACCUGUUACCUAUUUAAAUAAUGCUGUUUCUCACCAUGUACUAAGCAGUCUGAUGGAGGCUUGCAGUUGUCUCUUUUAAAACUUGCUUCCUAAACCACAUUAAGAAAUAUAUUUGUGUGUCCAUCACUGCUUUUAUCUACGGCUACAAUAGAGAAGAGAUUACUCUAGGAAUCAUGAACAUCAAGGACUUUGUAGUACUCCCAGGUUCAAAAGCUGGAACUUCAGUGAGAUUAAAAGCAAAGAAUGUCAGAGAAUUGCAGUUGGAAAAAGUACAGUUAGAACAGGAAAACAAGGAGAUGGAAAAGAAAUUACGGCAACUGCAAUCAAACAUGAAUAGGGAAAAAGAAGAGAGAAAGAAAUCAAGAGCUUUUCACUGGAGAAAUGGACAGGCAGGACCAAUGACCAUCCGCGCUCGUGUUUUGACUCAAAACCAAGGAAAUAGUAGUAAGGUAUCUUCAGGAAAAGUGAAACUGAAAAUCCUCAAAGAACAGAUUCAAGAGCCAAUGCAACAAUCGUUUAAGGGUGAAGUGACGAAGGUUGUAGCUUCUAAAACCCCUGAAGUGAAGGGAACACCAGAUGGGCAGUGUGAAACAAACAGUGUAUUGCUGCCUUCAGAAUCAGUACGGGCAGGCCUUGAAAAAUGGGAGACUGGAUUAUUACUGCGUGGUACAUUUAAUGAGGAAGAAUCUACACGAUCUUUUCAGGAAGCUUUGCUGCAGUGGAGAAGUAGAUACUGUGAUCAGAGGGCUGCACUAAAUUCCAGUGAGGUGCUGCCAGAAUCUGUUGGAGUCUGUGAAGUACAGACCCACCUUACYCUGAUGAAGGAACCUAUCCAAGUUGAGUUCAGUGCAGACAGUCUGAGCUACAUGGAAAAACUCUUGCUUAAGAAGCACAGAAGAACUUCUGUUAAUCAAGUUUCUAGUAAUCAGGUUAAUGAUUUAAGGCCUGUGCAAGCAGUUAAUGAACAUCAGGCUGCUGUGAUUGGAGAAGAAGGUGGAAAAGGAGRUGAUGAUGAUGGUGAUGAGGAUGACUAUUCAACAGUUGAAGAUAUGAAGAGAUAUUGGGCAGCUCUUUUCAGAGAGAAAGAACCCGACAUUGUUUCUGAGAGAGCAGAAUCCUCUCUGAAAAUUGAGAUCCUUGAUGAUUCUUAUGACAAGGACUUGGACCAAUCAUCUAACUUUUUGGUGAAGGAAGCUGGGGCUAUGGGAAUGAAUAAGCAAAGAAAAACUGAACCACUCAAGCAGUCUGGAAGUGGUGCAGCAACUUCAGGGCAGAGGAGCACAGUAACAGACCUUUCGCCAGCAGAAAUUGYAGGUGUAACAAGAAAGUCAUUUGGUCAUUUAAAUUCUACAGCUGACACUCCAUGUCUUUUGCCUCCUCUUGAUAGAGAUCCUAUUCUUCCCAAAGAAAUUCCUCAAGGAAAAAGUAUUUUCUGCAGUUGUCUUGAAAGAAAUGUAGUGKCCAAGGAGAGAAUUGAAAUAAAGACUGUGGGAAGAAUGCUUAGCUGUAAGCUACCCGAGAAGAUCUCUAACUCUACUAAACCAUUGUUACAGGAAGUAGCCCAAAGAGAGAAAUGUGUUUCUACGUGGAAUUGGGGACUUGAAGGUUUCUUUGUUUUAGGUGUAAACCCGAAACAAGGAACGCUCAAAGCAUCAUCUUCACGUUGUGCUGACUCAAAUGCUGCAAAACAUAAUAUUUCAUUUUCAGGAGAUGGAAAGUGGACUAUUGACAGAGGCUUAAGUGAAUAUGCUGAUGACUCURUAGUUCAAGAUGUUUUAGAAAAUCAGUUGAACAGAUCUUUAUAUCUGGAAAGACAAAGCUCUGCAAAUARAAUGUCUCCCCUGAUGGUAGCAUACCCAGGGGUUGUGACCUUUUGUGUUGUAUCAGGGAAUGAUUCUAGAAGACCAUGGUCAACRAACACGCUGUACUAUAAAUUGGCUGGAAACUGCCCAACAAGCCCUCGACCAAGACCAAGGAGUUCACCUGGGCAUCCAGUGAGAGGUGUUAAUGCAACAUCAAGAGACAAGUGCCUCGGAGAUGGACAUGAGGAGGAUGUUUUGGGAGAUAGUGCUGACCAAGAAGCCUUACUCACUUUGGAAAGAGAAUUACAAAGUUACAUAAGAAAUACUCAAGAGAAAACUUGCAGCUUAACCUCUAAAGACUUUCAGAGUACAAAUUUUCCCGGAAAAAUAGAACCAAAAGACCACAGCAGAGUUGAUGCUUUAAGGGACUGGGAUGAAGGCCAAAUGGAUGAUGAGGAAGAGAUUCUGAAGGAUAAACAACAGGUUCUUGCAUUGCAGUGAACAUCAAAGGAUUUAGCACAAUUGUUCUCUACAUAACAUMCAAAAAUAAGAAGCAAACGGAGAGGUGUUUUGAGCACUGCUGAUGUCAUUUAUAUGGGUUAUAUUUAUAUUAUAUUGUAAGCUUGUGAAUAAAAAUGUGCAAUCACU